AUGGGGAAACCAGACAGAGUGAAUCAAACUCUUGUUUCAGACUUCCUCCUUCUAGGACUCUCUGAGCAGCCAGACCAGCAAAUACUUCUGUUUGGCAUCUUCCUGGGCAUGUACCUGACCACUCUGAUGGGGAAUUUGCUCAUCAUCCUGGCCAUCAGCUGUGACCCACAUCUUCACACUCCUAUGUACUUCUUUCUGGCCAACCUGUCAUUAACUGAUGCAUGUUUCACUUCGACCUCAAUCCCCAAAAUGCUGGCCAACAUUUAUAGUCAUAACCAGACUAUUUCCUAUACUGGGUGCCUAUCCCAGAUGUAUUUCCUUCUUCUGUUUGGUGGCCUUGACAAUUGCCUCCUGGCUGUGAUGGCAUAUGACCGCUAUGUGGCUAUCUGCCAGCCACUGCAUUAUAGCACGGCUAUGAGUCCUCAGCUCUGUGCACUGAUGUUGGGCAUAUGCUGGCUGCUAACAAACUGCCCUGCACUGAUGCACACAUUGCUGUUCACUCGUCUGGUGUUCUGUGCCCAGAAGACCAUCCCUUACUUCUACUGUGAUCCAAGUGCCCUAAUGAAGCUUUCCUGCUCAGACACCUACAUUAAUGAGCUCAUGAUCAUCACUAUGGGCUUGAUGUUUCUCACUACUCCUCUUACGCUGAUUGUCUUCUCCUACGCCCGUAUUUCCUGGACUGUGUUUAGCAUCUCAUCUUCCGGAGGGCGGUGGAAGGCCUUCUCCACCUGUGGCUCUCACCUCACAGUGGUCCUGCUCUUCUACGGGUCCCUUAUGGGCGUAUAUUUGCUUCCUCCAUCAACUCAUUCUGUAGAGAGGGACAGCAGGGCUACCAUUCUCUAUAUGGUGGUUACUCCUAUGCUAAAUCCAUUCAUCUAUAGCUUAAGGAACAGAGACAUGAAAGCAGCUUUGGGUAAACUUUUUGGUAGUGGGAAAACAUUUUUCUUACUGUGUCAGUGA